CAUUCAAGCGGUUAGUAACAUCAGCGGACGAACCGUUCACUUAAACACAUGAACCAGUUUGUCAACAGUUCGAAGUUUCAACAAAACGGGAACUUAUUUAGAAAAUAAAAGAAUUAAUUCUGUGAUCACCAUGAAGAUUGUAAAUAAUGUUUAGAAAUGGCUAUGUGAAUCUAUCAUAAUAUAUAUCCCACUUGAUAUAAUUGUAAAGGAAUAAUAUUGUCUUCAUUUUACUUUUUAAAAAAAUACGAUCAUUCAUCAACAUUAUUGUGGAUUAAUUCUAGAAUAUUUAAAGAAUAUGUCCAUCUUCGUAUACUGUAUCAAAUUAUAGAAGCAGUUUUCUACUACCAAUUGAGAGAUACUGAGAGUUAUUCAAUGCGAUGCUCGAUGCAAAAUGGCGUCUAGUAACAUGCUUACUUGUUGUCAUACUCUGCAUUCUCCAUCCUUGCGACACUUUUUUUGGAAUAUCCAUUAAAAGAGAAGAUGAUUCAAACACAUGCUAUUAUGAUGGCGGACGACACCAGUGUACAUUUUUUCUCUUUUGCGGUUUGAUUGGAGGUUCGUCCGUUGGUUCUUGCCCUGGAAGUCUUCUGUCUACUUGCUGUGUUACCCAAAGUAACCAUGUAAGACGAUCUCCGACGAAAGUUCAGUCUAAUAGCUUGAAAACUUACGCACACUUACCAGACUCCUUAGACCAGAGGGUACUUAGCAAAGAUAAAGCUGUAUGUGGUCAAAGAGUCUACAAACCUACAAGCCGAAUUGUUGGAGGGAAUGCUGCUGAGUUUGGAGAAUUUCCAUGGCAGGCUCACAUAAAAAUUACUCAGCAGCAAUGCGGUGGAGUUCUGCUGAACCAUAAUUAUGUUGUAACAGCUGCUCAUUGCGUUUACAGAGCUUUGCUUCAUGAUAUCGUUGUGGUAUUGGGCGCGUAUGAUAUCCAUGAUCAACGUUACCAACUGUUGCCUGCUCAGAAGUUCCGCGUCGUCGAGAAAUUGCUUCAUCCGAAUUUCCGCUUUUCGCCUUCACAUCCUGACCGUUUCGAUGUAGCUUUGAUAAGACUAGAUCGUCCAGUUAGAUAUCAAGAAAAUGUUCUGCCCAUUUGCUUACCUCCAUAUGGCUGGAAUUUCCAAGGUUGGAGAGCAAUUAUCACCGGAUGGGGGAAAACAGAUCCUGCUCUCAGUAACAGAUAUGGAACAAGAUUGCUGCAAAAGGUGGAAGUGCCUAUCAUUUCGAAUAAGGAGUGUGAAAUGUGGCAUCAUUGGAAAGGAAUCAAUGUUCGCAUAUUUCCGGAGAUGAUGUGCGCUGGAUAUGAAGGAGGUCGGAAAGAUGCUUGUGUGGGUGAUUCAGGUGGACCAUUAAUUGUUUAUUUAGAUGGAAGGUGGACUUUGGUUGGAAUCAUAUCAGCUGGUUUUGGGUGUGCACAAUGGAGGCAGCCUGGGAUAUAUCACAGCGUAUCGUCAACUGUUGACUGGAUUAGCAGCCAUAUAAGUUGACCAGAAUGUACAGUCACAAACUUUUUGUCACAUUAAUUUACUAUUAUUCGCAUCACUUAAAUGAUUUUAAUUCCCUUUUUCACUUCUGUAUUAAUGCAUUCCUAUUCAGCCGAAAUGCAAAAUGGCAACAAUUUAAUUUUAAUUCAAGACUUGUCUUGUCUUAAAUUAGUAGAAUCAAUUUCUUAUUGCAGGGGUAAUAACCUUUUUUUUCAUUAUUCUCUCCGUUUGUUUUUUAUUUUCAAAACUGAGUGUUUAAUAAGAUAAAGCAAGAUUAAAAAAUUCAAGGCAUAAGAAAUUUGAAUCUAUUCCUCUUAAGGCGAAAUCACAAUUGCAUCAUUUUUCUUUAAAUUCAAGACUUGUCUUAAAUUAACAGCAUCAAAUUCUUAAUGAUGGGGUGAUAACCUUUUUUUAAAAAAUUAAUCUCUCCGUUUGUUUUUUAUUUUCAAAACUGAGUGUUUAAUGAGAUAAAGAAAGAUUCAAAGAUUCAAGGCAUAAGGUAUUUGAAAAAGAGCUACUGCGCAUUUCAAUUAUAUUUCUUAUGAAAAGACAAAAUUCAACAUCAAUAAUUUUUUUCAUCUAAUUGAUAUUUUCUGGAUAAGAAUGAAAGCUUUUCUUAAAAAAUGGAUAUAAAUUGCAUACACUGGGAAUAAAAUUAUUUACUGCAAAAUGUUUAAAAUUACUGUUGCUCCUUAUAAGGCAUCACGAUUGUGUGUGUACUUAGUGAUGUAAAAUUAAUUUGAUUGAUGACAUUGAAUGAAAUAAGUUCGCGUAAUUUGUAAGAUCUUAUGACAAAUGUUAUCUUAUCUGACAUUUAACUGUAUGUAGCCUUGCGCUGUGCUGUAAUGUCUCUUUUUUUUUUUUUUUUUUUUUGAAAAAUGCCAGAUAGAUUGGAAAAGUAAUUUGCUAAUAUAAUUCAAGAUAUACCCAAAUACAUAUAUAAAUUAUGAAAUGUACAUCAAAUCAAAGAAUAAAAUACAAUCAAUAAAAACGAAUAAUUUUUUACUUACAUAUGGUAGAAAAGCAAAAAAUUUUGUAAGAGAAAGAUUCAUAGAAUUUAAUUUAUUACGAAGCAAAACAGAUUGCAACGUUCCAAACUACGUACACAGUUGAAUUUUCAUAUCUUAUUUAUGAUUGAGCCAAGCAAGUUUCUUUGGUGGAUUAUUUAUCUCUUCGAUAUUUUGUAGAUAUAAUUUUCAUUCCAUUUCACAAAUACCCAGUUCUUAAGAUUUAUUCCUAAAAUUCUUUGCCAAAUUCAGAUAUGCAAAAAUUCUAAGCAGAUUUCGAAAAAAAAAAAAAAAAGACUCAGAGAGAAGCCUAUCAAAUUUUAUAGAGGAAUUUAAUCAGAUAAAAAUACUAUUUCCAUAAAACGUUAAAACGCAAAUCAUUAAGAAAAUUUGUAUUAUUGUAUUUAAAAAAAUCUUAAUAAAAAGUAAUCGAAUAAAAGUGUAUUUAUAAGACUAAAAAUUCUUUAUUAUAGUUAUAUCUAGCAUAACAUCGACAAAUGCAGUUACAACAUUACUUUCCUGAAUGUUUUAUUAUUUAAUAAAAUAUGCCUUUUUUACUGCAAUAUUACAUAUUCAUUGAUUAAAAGCAUGAUGUAUAAGUUCAAACAAACUCCAAUAUUUUUGUUACUUAUUUACUUUUAUGUGUUUUUAUUAUUUAUUUAUUUUAUUUGCUGUUUAUAAGAGCUUAGUAAAGCCGUGCCGAAUCCUGUUUUCCUUUUCUGUGAGAAAAAUACUCAUUGCAAUGUGUUUGUUUUUCCAUCAUUUCAGUUUACUUCAAAAAUGUAAAUUUUAUUUUUAAUGCAUAUUAGGCAUAUUUAUUCAGUAUUCUUUUUAAUGUACGAAUUCACGAUUUUAACAUUAUUCAUACAGAAUCACUAAUAAAUAAUGUCAUAUUUUGUAAUAUAAGUUAACACACAGCGCAAUAUUCACAACUGAAAAAGAAAUUUGUUUUUGUUUCACAUUUUUUGAAAUUCCAUGUUUAAUAAUUUGCUUUUAUGAAAUAUGUUGUCAUAAUUAUUUCUUGUAAUUCUUUUAAAUGUCGCUAUC